UCCCCGCUGCAUUUUCCCUCCCGGUCUGCCGAUUGCCGACGCCCAGCGAAACCCUAAAUCCAAUCGAAAUGCAGCUUUCCUCCGAUCAAACACCCCAAGCUCUCUAGUCCUCUCCAGUUUUCCGAUUCAGGCUUCACUGGUUGCGGCUUCAAGUUUAUCGUAGUUCGGUUUCCGGCGGUGGAGAGUUGCCUCCAACAGAGAGCUAUGAACAACAAUGGCGAGGCUGCGAAAGCCGGAAAAAGGCGCCGAGGUGGAGAAGGGGAAGAUACUAUUGGUCGUGACAGGUUAAGCGCUCUUCCCGACCGCGCCCUUGUUCACAUCCUCUCAUUCGUCGACUCCAAAGACGCCGUUCAAACCUGUGUACUGUCCCGACGGUGGAGGUGCGUUUGGAAACAAGUCCCCGUCCUGAAUUUCAAUAGAGAUACCUUUGAAGAAUUUUCAGGCUUCGAGACCCACGUUGACAGACUCUUGUCCCUCCGCUAUCCCCGUGAAGUUCACAAGCUUAGCUACAUGGACGGCGAUGGAGGAGCCUCCUGGGAAGAUGAACCGCAGCGUAUGGGUUUGUUUGUUAGGGUCAUGAGAUAUGCUUGCUCACAUAAUGUUCAGCAUUUGGUGAUUGACCUGGGUAGUGAGGGCAACCGCGAUCGGAGUAAGAGGUGCUCUGAUUUGUUUAGCAGCUCGAUCUCGGAAUGCAAAAUCGAAUCACUGGAUUUGGGGCAUGUAACCCUCGACGGUGGGUGUGGAUUGUCUUGUUUUCAAUCAGUGACAAGUUUGAUUCUGGAAUGGUGUCUGCUGUCUUCUGAUCAGGGCGGCGAGAAGGAAGAUCAGCUGGAUCCUUUUUCUAAGCUUCCUUGUCUGAAGCAUUUGGUCCUGAGUAAUUGCCUGGCUGGUGAAACUUAUGGUGGCGGGUGCAAAAGAAGUAUAAAGAUUUCUGGGCUCGAACUGCUUAGUUUGGUUUUGGAUCGUGUGGAGUUUUCCGACAUUGAAAUACAUGCACCAAAGCUCGAAUCCUUUGCUCUUACGGAUGAUGUUGGAACACUUCGUGGACUGUCGAAUUUAAGCCUUCCUUCGCUUAAUCAUGCUGAUGUAUCUGUUUGGGACGAUCACCAUUUUGUCAAGGAUAACAAGGAAGUAGCGAGGCAGCAGUUCGUUUCGUUGUUCCAAGGCUUGCAUAAUGCUAAGUCUUUGAAGCUGUACUGGGAAACCAUUGAGGUCAUGAGUGAACUUACUGUGGGUUUGGCAGACCAACCAUCUCCUUUUACGAGAUUGACGUCCUUGACUCUGGCUGCUGACAGUGUGCCUUACAAACUCCUCAAGUACUUUCUUAAAGGAUCCUCGAGUGCAAGACCAAUGAUUGAGUAUAUGACAACGUGUUGUGUUGCAUUGCAGAAUCCUAUAUUGGUUAGGAAAGGAUUUCAGAAAGCGAUGAACAAUUGCAAAAAAGUUAGAAGAACGGUCUCCGACAGGUUAAGUAAUCUUCCAGAAUCUGUUCUUUAUCACAUCCUUUCGUUUCUGGACACCAAAUCUGUCGUUCAAACCUCUGUACUGUCGCGAGCAUGGCAACGUGCUUGGAAGCAUGUCCCUGCCAUUGACCUCCAUAGCAAUUCCUUCAAAAAGUUUCGGAAAUUCAAAAGCUUUGUGUCCCGGGUUUUGUCCCUCCGCUACGACCUCAAUGUCCAGAAGGUGAGCUACAAAUACUACUAUCAUGAUUCGGAGGUCUCACAUUUUAGUCUGUUUGUGAAGGUCAUCAAGUAUGCUCUAUCCCAUGGUACACGGCAUUUGGUGAUUGACCUCGGGGAAGUUUCGAACGACGAAUACAGUUAUCUGUUCUCUGACUUGUUUGGCUCGGUCACGGAUUCCAAUCUCGCAACUCUGGAAUUAGGGUAUGUCACUGUCGACCGUGGAUUCGGAUCUUCUGGAUUCCGAGCGCUCACCACUUUACAUCUGGAUCGCUGCACACUGGGUUAUGAUCAGGAGGAGGACAUCGAUCAGGAGGAGGACAUCGAUCCUUUUCCUAAUUUUGCCUGCCUGAAGAAUUUGGUCCUGCAUUCUUGCUUUAUCGAGUGUUCCAACAAAUAUAAAAGGAGUUUCAAGAUAUCAGGACCUCAAUUGCUUAGCUUGAAAAUGCUGGAUAAUUCGCUGUACAUCAAGGUUGAAAUAUCUGCACCGAAGCUCGAAUUCUUCUCUUUUUGGAAUGUCCAGGCAAUUGAUGGAUUGCCCAAGUUAAGCGUUCCUUCCCUGGUUCAUGCUGAUAUUAGGUUCUGGUGCUAUGACCUGUCGGCAUGGAACAUCCAAUCGCCGAUGCUAAUUUUGUUCCCCUUGUUACAAGGUUUGAGCAAUGCAACAUCUCUCGUGCUGGAUUCCUCUAGCAUUCAGGCAUUGAUGGACAACAUUGACUUUCUGGAACAACACCCCUCUCCCCUUACGAAAUUGGAGACAUUGAUUUUGGAGGCUGUCACUAAACCCUUCAGACUGGCCAAUUACUUGUUUAAAGGAAGUUCUUGCAAAGUUCCAAACAUCAAGCUUCACCUGCAGUUGAAGUCUGACAAUCCUGAAGAAGUUUCUUGCUUAGCCCAGUGAGUUCAUCAUUCAUGUUGUCUUUCAUGUUCAGGUCAGUUUGGAACACCCAAUUCCCCCUCUCUGUUGUUAUUCCUUCUGACAGAGAAGCUCUGAAUCACUUUGCCGUAAGUUAAGCUGUUAGCUCACUUUGAUUCUGAAGUAGCAAUGGACCCUAUCUAUUGGUUCCUUCGAUAAACCAUUGGGCGCUGUCUUAUGCUUACAGAUUGCAUUUCCUGCUGUUAUCUCUGCCAAUGAGCUUAAGAAACCUGCUGCAUCUUCGUCCUCGAAAGGAUCCAUAGAAAUGUCGAACCCACGUUGUUAUGGUGUUUGCCAAACCGAGUUUGGGUUCUGAUUUUGCAGAGCGCAAGCUUACAGUAACUGAUUUCAAUUUGAUACUGCUGGAGGUUUGAUUCUUUUUGCUCGUGGGAUUCAGUUUAUAGUAAUUGAUGAUCCCUUCGUGGUGGAGCUUCUUGUUCUCCGCGAAGCUAUCAAAUGGUGUCUGGAGCUUGGGUUCUUGGAGGUUUGGUUUGAAGGUGAUGCUCAAGUGGGUGAUUGAUAAGUUCAAUUGUGCUAAUGGCCAUGAUAGUUGUGCGAGUGCCAUCUUUCUAGAGGUCUCGCAUAUGUUGAGGAUGCAUAAUUGGUUGACUGUGUGAUUUGUUGGUCGGUGUAAUAAUAGGGUAGCUUAUUUGGUGGCUCGACAGAUUCUUUAUUUAUACCCGAUUAUGAGUCGCUUUUUGAUUUUUUCGUCUCG